CGGACAUGGCCGACGACGACGACGAGGACUACCUGAUGAGCCUCUUCCUGGUCCUCCCGCCGGAGCUGCCCGCGGGCAGCGCGUUCGAGGCGUACCAGCGCCGGCGCCGGCGCCCGACGCUGCUCGAGUCGCGCCUGAUGAUGACGGGCCGCGGGCGGUCCGGCGCCGGAGCGAACGUGCACCGGAGGAUGUUCGGUUACCUGCGACGCGUUGUUCGUCGUGGCGCCGCGGCCGGAACUGUGCACCCGGCGCCCGCGGACGACGAGGCUACUACCCUUGUGCGGCCGCCGCCGUCGCAGCCGCCGCGGCCGCGCAGCAGCUCGCGGUUCCGGCACAUCAUGCGCGAGCGGCUGCGGCGGGAGCGCCUCAGCCAGGGCUUCGCCGACCUCCACGCGCUCCUGCCCCCCGGCGCGUCGUCCAAAGGUGGCAAGAACGACAUCGUCGGCGCGGCGGUGGGCUACAUCCGGGAGCUCGAGGGGCGGAAGGGGUGGCUCCGCGCGAGGAAUCAGGAGCUGCUGGAGCGGGCCGCCACCCGCUGGAGUGGAGGAGCAGCGAGGAACGCCGCCGCCGGCGGGGACAUGGUGGUGAAGGUGCGAGCCGAGAGCCAGGACCGUGCGGCGGCGGUCGACGCGUUCGAGACGGUGCUCCUGCGCCUCAAGGCCAUGGCGGCGCUGCGGGUGACGGACAUCCGGUCGUGCUUCUGCACCGGCGGGAUGUGGAUGAACGUCGGAGUUGAGGGCCAGGUCUCCACGCGUGAGGUGGACGAGGCAAUAACAAAUGCCUUGAUGGGGCUUGCGGGUACUCCUGGGAAUGGAUUGGGCAUAAUCCAAAUCCAAUUGGAUUUUGGCACUUGGACUUUAUUGGAUUUGGAUCUAGUUGCAUAUGGACAUUCAUUUUGCGUUGGGUGUGAUAGGAUUGGAUUAUGUUGGAUAAAAAGUAUAGGAUAAUUCAAAUCUUAUUGGACUAACGAAGGCAGCCGAUGAACGUGAGGCACUAACGUCGAGGACGGAAUGGUUGUCGCCUCCCCGGAACCCGCUCGGAAGGCCCUCUUACAGUCACAGGCGCGCACGACCGGCUACUCGCCGCGCACGCAGUCCUCGACUCCAAGCACGCGGGCGCGCACGACCGGCGGCUCUCCGCGCACGCCGUCCUCGACUCCAGUGUGGGGUGCGCACGACCGGCGCCUUUCCGCGCACGCCGUCCCCGACUCCAAGCGCGCACAACCGGCAGCUCGCCGUCGCCGCACACGCCGUCCUCGAUUCCAAGCAUGCGAUCGGCUUCUGCGACCGGUCCAUGAUCUGGCUAGCCAGCUGCAACCCGCUCUGGAAGACCUUGCUGACUGGUGCCAUGGCGCCACGCGUCUUUCUUCCCGCUCAACCUCGCGGCGACACGCGCUAGCUGUCUGGGAGUAGAAGGUGCGAAUCAUAGUGGCCUACCUCCGCGGCCACGCCGGCGUACGUGGAGGCGGACGUUAAGGAAGCCGUGUAUGGUAGCGUGAUCAACCUCGUCGCGAGCGUGCUCUUCUCCGUGAACGUCGUCGACGUCCGCGCAAGCGCACCGCCGCAGAGCCUGCAAGCGCUUAUGACAGUGCUCAUCUCGUUAACGCAUAAAUUGGAUUUGUUGGAUGGAUAGUUAUGUAAUUUAGAUUGGAUUGGACAGGAUUGGAUGAUGAGGACAAUCUAUCUGGACUGGAUUGGAGGAUAGCGUGAUAUCAGUUGGAUAUUAAUUGGAUAUCGUUAGUUGGAUUUUGGAUGAUGAUCCAUUCCCAGGAGUACUUGCGGGGAACGAACCCGGCAGGCAGGAUCCAAGAAGCAUCAAGCCCAGCUUUAGCUGCCAGGUCGAAAGGGGCGUUCCGAUUGGUUGAUGUUGGCCAUCAACAGUAGCUCGAGACGAAUUCGAAAGGGGCGUUCCGAUUGGUUGAUGUUGGCCAUCAACAGGAGCAUGCGUAAGGGUACAUCAGAAUUUAGAACAGCACUGGUUCCAGUGCUCACAUAUGUGAAAUUUUAUUUAUCCAGUUACUGAAUAAAGGCAUUAGAAUUUUUGUUGAAAAAUAAACAUGCUCUUCUACACGUCUGUUGUCUUACUUGAGCUCGGUGCUCUUGCCGGUGCCAUCAGGAGCAGGACAUACUGGAAGGGAGGAACAAUGAGGAACGCCGUGGGGGGCUGCACAUCUUGGAGAAAAUCCGAUUGACAACAUCCAACUGCAGCCAUAGGCAGGAUCCAUAGGCUUCACACCCCAGGGUACCACAUCAAUGAAAGCCCUGCUACCAAGAGAGGUUAACUGGUUAUGCACAGAGUUCAUAACUUAAUUCAUUCGUCUGACAUAUACAAGAUCCUUAUAACGUUAAAAAUACCAGUGUGGAAAGAAAAUACGCACCUGCAACUCCAAAAUAUGUGUGAUAGGUAUCUAUUGCAUUAUCUGGUCUAUCUGAUAUGCCACCAUUCUCUUUGUCUAGCCGAUCAACACAAAUGAGAAGAGUUGGAACUGAAAGUUAUGAGUUAAGAAAGGGCUGCAUGGUUAUCCAAAUGUCACUUGUGCGAAUAAUAAACAGUUA